AUGUGUUUUGGACUGACACAAGAAGUCAAGACGGCAUAUGAGUAUUUUGGAGAUGUUAUCAAGUUCGAUACAACGUACCUAACAAAUAGGUACGGGAUGCCGUUUGCUCCAUUUGUUGGUGUCAACCAUCAUGGACAGUCCAUACUCUUAGGAGCAGGCUUGAUUUCAAGCGAGGACACAAGUACUUUCGUGUGGUUGUUUGAAGCAUGGUUAGAAUGCAUGAAUGGACAGGCACCUGAAGCCAUCAUAACAGACCAAGACCAGACAAUGAAAAAUGCGAUUCAAAUUGGGUUGUACACCGAGAGGUCAUUUUGGGUAUCAGUUAACUUGAAAGGUGUAUUCUGGGCUGGUAUGAGCACUACCCAACGGUCUGAAAGCAUGAAUGCCUUUUUCGACGAAUAUGUACAUUCCGGUACGACAUUGAAAGAAUUUGUCGAUCAAUUUGACAAUGCUCUAAGGAAGAAGGUGGAGACGGAGAUGACAACUGAUUUCCAGUCGUGUAACCAAACAAUCCCAUGUGUAUCCCUAUUCAAAAUUGAGAAGCAGGUUCAAUUAUUGUACACGAAUGUAAAAUUUAAAGAGGUCCAAGCAGAGGUUUGGGGGAUGCUUUUAUGUAACCCUUCACUUGUCAGCAUAGAAGGUAGCAUUUCCACCUUCGAUGUUUUUGAAGAAAUUUCCACACCUAACGGACAGUCCAAAAUUGUGAAGUACAUAGUUUACUUUAAUGAAGACGAAUGUGAAGUUAAAUGCACGUGA